UCUUGUUCUGCUUUUAAUUCCUAGUUGCUCCAAGUGGCCUGCCAGCUUCUUUGACACUGAACCCAAUGCACCUACAACCACUGGCACCACUUUUAUUAUUAUUAUUAUUAUUAUUAUUAUAGAUUCAUAGAUAACAUAAUAAUAGAUAACAUAUUAUUGACAUUACAUCGGAAAGUGCGCAAGCCAGAAUUUAAGUAGUAACUUUUUAUCAGUUUGAAUUAUUAUUUUUAAAUAUUUUUUAUUUUUUUAUCAACUUUUUGAUGCUUUUUAUAAUUGUUAUUAGUAGUCUUUAGAUAGUCAUUUUACAACAAUUCUCUUUCGUAGACAAGAAGAAUGUACAUAGGGUAUAUAUUUUAAUAUUUCAUAUUCUUGAAUCUGUAAAUAGUCUAUUUUUUUAAAUCUAUGAAUAAAGUUUUGUUUUAUUAUUAUUAUUAUUAUUAUUAUUAUUUUAUUUAUUUAUUUAUUUAUUUAUUUUUUUGACAAUGAUGUUUUCUUUCUCCCACAGAAAAAUGUGACAGCCCAUUGGGAAUGGAAAAUGGACUGAUCGAAAAUAAGCAACUAUCAGCCCAUUCAGCCUGGGACAAUAAUUACCAACGCUAUGGCUCGUCACGUGCUCGGCUGCACCUCAAUGAAUGGCCUCAAGGCUGGAGAGCGCAGAUAAAUGACCCAUCACCAUGGCUACAAAUUGACUUACUUUGGACCCAUACAGUGACUGCCGUGGCAACUCAGGGGUAUGGAAGCAAGAACGCAAAGGAAUGGGUAAAGACCUACGUGCUCUUGACAUCACGUGAUGGUAAGAGGUGGUACACAUACAGGGAACGAGGAAGGAAACGGGUAAGACGAUUGGAAAUGAAAUCAGUGUUAAACUUUAAGAAUAAUUUUAUUUUAAAUUUAUUUUGCAAUUUUGUCAAGUGUUAUACAAGAAUAGUAGUUUAAAUUAUAAAAUAUGUUAAGAUAUGAUAACAAGUGGCGAGGAAACCUAGUUGAAACCACGUUUAUUGCUAAAGAUUAGCUUUCCUCUCUCAAGAAACAAAAAUGCAAGAAUCUAAAAAGAAAGACGUCUCAAUUAAUAAUUUAUUUCUGUAAACUUUUUUAAUCUAUGGAGUAAUAAAUGACUACUCACCGAAGAAAGACGUAGUGGGUCUAAAGCCAGUUGUGAGUUUGGUAAUGAUUCCAAAUAACCUGUAAUUGGGUACCACUUGUUUGCGGUGUUGAAAAUUGGCAGUUACUUGAAAAGUGGCCGAGAUAACUUUCCAUAAAGUGUUCCUUGCAAACUCUGUAGUUAAAUAGUGAAUAGCGCACAUUGUCAUCGUGACUGUCUUAAACUCAAAAAAUUUAUCCAUCCAAACCUAUGAGAAAAUUCUUUGAUGCUGCUUGGUUUCAAAAGUAAAACAAGAAGAAAAAGAUAACCAGCAGUAUUUUAUUCAGGAUAGUAUGCAUGAACCUUUAAGAUUAGAACUCAAAACUUUUUUCUUCUUUGUUCAAGUUAUCGAUUUUGUUCGCACUUAAUCGUAAUCCUUACAUUCUCAUUUUCGACGAUUUCAUUUUUACCCCAUCAGGUUUUUAUUGGAAAUGUUGACACAAGUUCAGUGGUCCAGAAUAAACUAAAGAUGCCUCAGAUAACUCGCUGGGUUAGAAUUGUUCCUCGAUCUUGGAAUAAUCACAUUGGAAUGCGAGUAGAAUUAUAUGGUUGCUGAGUUUACCAUCGGUAGGUGUUGAGCUUGAUGUCACGCAUGCUCACAAGUGAUCUACUCAACAUAAAUAGGGAGUAUGAAAGUGGAAAUGAUCCUCGCAGUUGAAUAAACAAACUAAGCGGUUGGGAAAAAACCGCUUAGGUUGUUUAUUCAACUGCGAGGAUUAUUUCCACUUUCAUAUCUUUAUCCGCAGUUCAAAAUAUGAGUCAUUUCAUUGAAUUGUUUCCAUUCAUGUCAUUAGUAGGGAACUUAAGAAAAGGCGUUUUUAAGCGACUCACAUCAACACUAAGUGAGUCCUUUUCCUUUAAAUAUACCUUGCUGCUACCAAAUUAGUGUUGUUAAGUGUCUUUACUCUUGCAAAGGCGAUUUGCCCAAACAUUUGGGAAAAAACAAUGACCAAUUAUGCGAAAAUUCCACUUCCACAAUCUUCUCUUUUUAAGAUCCCUAAUUUUUCUGUCUAAAGGUAAUUUUACAUGGGGCGAUUCGCAACCACUAUUUUUAGACCGAGAAAGUUGUGCUGAAAGUUGAUCCCGUGUACCGUGUCUACGCCAUUGUUGCGUGCACGUUUUUUAGCCAGCCUCAAGAACUCCCAACGCCAACUCGUAAUUUUUUAUUUAAUUUGUUUGCACUUUAUGGCAAUCCCUCCCCCCGCCCCCCUUUCACUCCUUUUCUGACCCAGCUGUCUUCGUCGGGAGCAAUCAGCAUACGCGAGGUAUGGUUCGUUUACCAAUACCUUUGUUUGCUUAGGAAUGCCUUACGUUGGAGUAUAAACCAAAGGACCUCUCAGCUUUACGGAAACGGGCCUGUCGUACAGACAAUUUCAAGAACCAUCUCCAGAUGUUCAAGUGACUUAAAUUCAAACCUACGGGGGAUUUUUUUUUUGUAAAUUGUAAUUGUUGUGCUGUUUGCUUUGUAAGAUGAAUGAGUUAUUUACUUUUUGUUGCUAAGAACAGCACCCAUGGCUUUUAAUUUAUUUGGAAAGGCUAAAAACUGAGGUACGAAUAUUGCCUUGGAUUGGCUGAACGAAACGCACCGGAUCUUCAGUCAAGUUAAAGUGCACACUGAAGAUCUCAAUAAACUGGAAUCAUUAGGCUAAGCUCCUCUAUUGCACAAGGCGACUAUUAUGCAUCAUUCCUUUCCAAAUUAUAAUAUAGAGUUUAUAAUAUAAACAAAAAUUAAUGACGAAAUGCCUUUGCUUGUUAAGAAGAAAAUGGAAAGCAAAACAUGCUAGCUAAGAGGUUGCAAUUUGUAUACACCUGUAUGACACUGGGAUGAAUGCCGAUUAUUCAUGCCAAACUUAUUAUCAUGUGCUAUCUAUGUUUUGUACUUCUGCUUUUAGAAACAAAGUGUUAAAUAGAAUUUCCUAUCGUAGAAUUAUUAUGAUUGACAAUACAUGUACUUUGUUUCUAAAAAUCUUGAUAGAGGAACGGAAACUUCUUUAACAUUUAUAUAGGAAAAAUUUACUGCCUUUAAUACCCCAUUAAUCUUUGGCGUUGUUCGGUUUGAUGUUUUUCACUCAUUAAUAUACAAGACUGAAUGAAAAGGAAUAUAUGUUACAGUCAACUUUAACUUUUUUGGUAUUGUGUUUUAGUAAAACAUCAAUAAUAAUUUAUAUCAGUCUGUUACCAAGUGCAUCAAGAAAGCCCAUGAAUAGUUAACAGUACAGAGAAAUAAACAUAGGCUGUUCCAUCUUUAGUUUGAGUGUGAUGUUUAUAUUGUGUUGUGGGGGUACUUAUUGAGUUGACCUAAACCAGUGUUUCAACCAACCAAACAGUUAUAAUAAUUAAUGUCUGUUUGUUACAAAGGUUGUAGCGAAAGGCCCCCAAUUUUUGUAUUUUUUUUGUCCUUUUUGUGUUUUUCCUAUGGUUGUUUUGAAUCAGCUAUGUUGAGGAAAACAAAUACAGAAGGCUUUGUUGCAAGAGCGCCUUCAGUAUAUUAGAUUUCUUAAUGAAUUGAGAGCCGUAGUGCAAUUUUAAAUCGAGUGCUUAGGGUACCCUCCGUCUUUCUAUGUUACAAUUCACAUAGCGUUUAAUUUUUAAUAUAUAAAUUCACAACUGGAUUAAUAUUUUAUAAGGCAUUAAGCAGAAUCUCCAAAGACGAGUUUUUGCUGCCCCUAGGAGCAAAACAUACACUUAACUAUAAGGCUUUUUGGCUUUGAACAGUAACCCAGUAAUUUUUGUAUUUUCCGAAUGGAUGUUUUGCAUCACUGCAAGAACAUCUGAUUUAGUACAGUCAAAGCCUGUUAAUAGGAGGCCAUGGAAAGUGUCCGUAAUAACGGCUCUCCGUAAGCGGGGUUUGACUGUAGGUGAAAGUUCGAACAUAUUUUUGUUUUGUUUUUUUUUUUAAGAUUUAAUUGGGAAAAUGGAUUUGAUGAUCACAAAUGUAUACGGUGGUACCAUUUACUUGAAAAACAAAAACUGAAGUACAAUUUCCUCCCACUGUGUUACAUUUUUUUUUUUAUUUCUUCCUUUUUUUUCUUCAAAAAUUGCCUGCUAGACAAACUGAUCGACGAGUUUACGGUCUUAAAUAAAACAUUUGGUGAGCAAUUGAAGGUUGCGAACAAAGAGUAUUUUAAAAACGAUUCCCUCGUAUUAAUGAGGAGCCUGAAGUCAUCUUUUUAACUAUCAAAAGUAGACUAAAUGUUCGUGAGAACAGUUCAGCUGUUCCACAAGGUUUGUGCAUCAGCUUUUCAAAAAGUUUCCUCCUAAAAAUAGGAUUCAGCUAAGGAAUACAUUUUUAUUGAAUAUCGAAAACAAAGCGGCCUUAUCCUUACAGUUUUAAUUAAGAUAUGCCCUUCUGCUUUCAAUGUAAACUUGAAGAAGAGUAAUCAAUCUUUGUGCAUUGCGUAGACAAAAAGUUACAGUUUUAUUUCUUUUUUUUCGACAUAAUACCCGCCGCUUGCGUCCUAAGGGCAAUUACAAUAGUCCAUUUUUAUUACAUAGAAAGUGAACUGAGUGAGGGGGGAUCUUACACUUUGUAACUAACCUAAAAUCGUAUGCUAGCUGAGAUGUCAUCUUUUGGAACCCGUUAAAGAUACACGCUUUCUUCUCCUGGGGAUUGCCACCCUGCGUUGAAAACACAGCACCAAAAAUUGCAUAUGAACUGAAAUUCAUUUGGUUAUUUAUUAAACCACAGUUGCCUUUCCACGGUGUUUAUGUUCCCGAAGGAUUCUCAACAGUCCAUUACUCUUAAAUUUUUUUUAAGCUGUUAGAAGAAAAACUGUAAAAACUAUGACAUAAUCGUGAAGAAAAUGCUAGAAAAAUGAUGUCACGACUUCUCUUGGAAGUUACUGCGGUAAGUAUAAUACUAACAUUUUACAGUUUUUUUUUUUGCGUAAUUUAAUUUUAUUUGCUGGUGUUGUUUCUAUCUGCAAAUGUUCUGCUAAAUACAAGUUAUCCAAAAGACGUUACAACCCAUUUAACUUUGAAAAGUUACAAAAACAGGUGAAUUUGGACAGAAUCGUGCCAAAAAUAUCGAAAUUUUCAAUAUUCGACUUAUUCGCGUAAAAUUGAGGGUGCAUCAAAACUGGAUGUAUUAUUUUAUCUAAGGUUUGAAGCUCAUGAGAGUACCUAACUGCAGUCCUUUCAGAAAAAAAAUUAUGACUGACUGCAAUUCGUUUUCAUGUACUCUGGUUAGAAACUUGUCACCCAGAACGCGAGUGGAACAGCCUAUCCAGAAGAGAAACGACACAACCAAAUUUUGCUUGCGCCGGUUAUUUCUUUUUAAUUUAUUUAUUAUUGUUUUUGUUUUGGAUUGACCCAUUUUUGUUGGGGCCUUAUUUAGGAAGUUGAGUCAAGAUAUCGCUUUGUAUUAACCCCUUUUGAAAGCCCCAAGACCAACUUUUCGUUUUUCCGAACAAUAUCAAAACUUAAUAAUCAAGAUUAAAGGUUAUGAGAUGUAAUAAAGUUUUUGGCGAAAUAAAAAAGCUUUGCUCCUUUAAAAUAUUCUUUUACUCACUUUCUGAGGAAAUGUGUGGGGGUCAGUCAAGAGAAUUUGCAUGUGGAUAUAUUGAGGGUUGAAGGAUUAAUAUGGCGGCUCUUGCGUGUUGACCUGCAUACCCAUGGGAGGUUGCACGGUUCAUAUGUAUAGCGUAAACUUCUCCUUAAAAUCCCCUCCCAUGUUAUAGGUUCAUUCACAUGUAAACAAAAAGAUACAUCCGGUGAUAAGCCCCCCCCUAUAAAUGUCACUUCCCCCUUUUAUAAGCGGAAGUUGAUUAACAUGAAGCACUAAACUCCAAAAUCUAGGGACUUUGGUGUUUGAACAACGCGCUGACGAAAACUGUUUUCAUGGCAGAAAAAGUAAUUUCUAUCAGAAAAUAAUUAGUCUAAUAUAAUAAGUCUCCGUUAUUACGACUUGUUUUUUCAGAUUCUCGCAGUGUCCUUUACCAAGGGCCAGGCUGGGAUGAGCGCAACAGGCAAUUACUUUUCUUUAUAACUUCAUUUAGUUAAGACUGCUCCCUAAACUAAGGGCCUGUUUACAUGGAGGUGGGGGACCCCAGGUAGGUCAGGUAACCCACUUAGGUUGGGUAAAAAAAAUAAAUAACCCUCGUUUACAUGCAAUCUUACAAGCACGCCAUCCCGGAGUGCACUUUCUCAAGAUUACUGAAUGGUCGCUAAGCACGUGAACAACAAAAAUGCUGGCAAAACACGUGUUUUGGCGCUUAAUGUUCUUCUAUACUCACUUGCUGCUCCAACUACAACCUUCAGUGCUAUGGCAUUCUAUUGAUGUAAAGCCACCAACAAAGUGAAUUUGGCACGAAUUUGAUGCGUCAUGGGUUACCCACCUUGAAACGUUUACAUAGCAAAACCUGACCCCGGCUGAGAGGUCUGGCAGACUGGGAAAACCGCCUUGGCGGGUCACCCCACCCAUCAUGUAAACGCAAUCAAAGUGAAACGAGAGACUAUAUCGACAGGCGAGGCGGGUUACCCCACCUUAACGGGUUCCCUCACCUACCUGGGGUCCCCCACCUCCACGAUGGAAAGAGCCUCUUUACAGUCGGCGACAUUGAGACAUUGUCCUUAAAUGCGGCAACUUCGGGGAACAAAACAACCCACACAUCUCCUUUUCCCCUCUGUUCAAAAUUGUGAUGUUUGUUGUCUUCUUACUGUAUCUCGAAAGUGGCACAACAUUGCAUAGAGGGGGUGGGGGAGGGAAAGAUUAAACUCCCUUUUUUGAGUUGGCAAAACGUUAGAGAGGUUCUAGGGCAAGGGUCUCAACUAAUUUUGUCGCAGAUUGUAGAAACCCUUGUACGAGGUGUGACUUACUUCGUCUACACUCCAUAAGUUUUUUGUCCCCCCACAGUAGAUUGAAAAAAACCAUUUUGCAUCUAAAAAUAACUAUUUCGUAACUCCGCAAUUUUUUUUCAAUACAUGGUACUAAUUAAUACGCUGCAGCUGUUGUCGCUUUUUUAACUUCCCGUGCAUCAGAAAGACCCAGCCUUCGACGUCGGCAAUCUUACUUGUAUGCGGCUAGAAAAAAGAAAAACAAAAUUACAAUAAACUCUCAGUAAAUUCCAUACUUCAAAACAUUUUGACUUUUUUGUAGCUUAUAAUUACAACAUUUUUAAGAUGGAAAAGCCCUUGGAUUCUUUUUUACUAACAAUACCAACAUGGAAAAACAAGUACCAAAAAUGUUCCUUAGGGAGACAAGGGGAUUUUAUCCUAGAAUUGAUGUAGAUAACACUGAAUGAUUGAUGAAGUUCAAGCAAAAAGCUUAUUUGCCGAGUCGAGCUAACUUUUGUCCAAUAGAAAUAAUGUCACUUGUCUAAUGUACAUUAUCGACCACAACUGAUGGAUUACGCGAUUUCGGGUGACGCUUAGUUUCUAAAGCGAUCGUAUUUCUAACGUCACAUUUUGUUUAUAGAUUCAUCCAGAAAUAAUUCUGAUGUUACACGACAAACAAAUUGCUCUGCACAAGCUAAGUGCGUAGAGAUGGGUGACGGCUCUUGUGUGUGGUACUGCAUUUACACCGACAAAACGUACUCGGGGAUUGACAACUGUCAGGGUAAUAAUUUCGUUUCUUACUUUUUUGUGCGCAGUUGGACUUCUCCACAAAGGUCGCCUUGGGAACAGUUAAGAAAGUGAUCGUUGUAGAAAGGUGGCCGUUGUCAGCGUAGUAGAAGUUAGGAUUUAAAAAAAAACAAAAAAAACAGUCGAUGUAUGGUCCGUCCGCCAAAACAGGUUGCCGUUGUAGAAAAGUGGCCGUUGUGAAGAGUUGGCCGUUAGUAAGAGGUUCGACUGUAUGUGUUUGUUUGUGUGGGUUUUUAAAAAAUUAUACGAAUUGAUAAUGAAACCAGGGGAAUAACAUAGUUGUAGGAAAUGUGAUGUUGAAAAAGAAAGAUGAUUUUUUUUGUUAUUCAGAUUGCGCCCUGGCUUGUAUUCUGUUGAACUUGAAAAAUUGCUGUCAUAAAGAGAAGUAGCCUGAAAAAAGAAACGUAUGGAUUUAUUUAAAUAAAAGGAGUCAAACUUUGCAUAAUUCUUAAGAUAUUUCUGUAGUGAUAUCAAACGAGAUUAUCAUUCAGUUGUCCUUUUGAAGUACAACCACAAUUUAUUGCUAUCUAUACAGUAAAGAUACACAUCAUUGCUUGAAGAAUAGCUGCGCUGAAAACAUAGCAUUUGCAUUUUCUAUCAAAAUAUGUAUGUCUUUCGCACAUAGUUUUCGUCAAGUUCUAGGUUCCAAGGCUGUCAAUUGUUUGGCUACAAUAACAGAAGCUUAUUAAAAUGGCAUUUCCUUACCUUUCUAAUUUAAUCUUCAGAUAUAGGAGGUGACAUUCUUCCAGAGGCAUACAUAUACCAGGCCAAUAAAAAGUUACCCCACCCAGAUGUCAUAAAACAAGAUGAAGAAAGGAUGUUCCAGGCGACCAUAAAAAAUGGGGGAAAUGUGUCAGCGCAAGUUUCCUUCAAUUGGUUCGUAAGAGAUGUGCAAGGUUCACAGCGCACAAUUUCACAGAAUCGAACCCUCGUUGAAGGAAACUCUUCCACCUGGAUUUGCAGCGGUGAAUUACUGUCUAGGGGCCUUAAAUUGCUUGAGCUCGAAGUCUCACUUUUCAGUACAACUACAGCACGAAGAGACUUUGGGUUCAUAAAAGUGGAGGAACCAGAUCUUGUUGCUAUGAUCACAGGUGGAUACGAAAGCCGUCGUUCUUCAAAAUACCCGAUGCUCUUCAAUGGAUCGGGCUCUCAUGACUGGAAAGGUAGCAAUACUGGCAUGGAGUUCGUUUGGAUUUGUCUUGAUGGAGGGAAUCUUCCCCGUGUUUUCAAAGACAUAAAUAAAGUAACAGAUCCUUCCAAAGAGGCCAAGGAACGCAAAACGACAUGUCCGACCCAAGUAGGUUUUCAAACAAAUGGAAGUACUGCCUACUUGAUGCAUCCCUGGGAGAAACAUGUUUACUACAUCAAACUGCUUGUAAGAAGAGAUCAUAAGCGUCGAGGCAACUUUACAGCUGAUUUUGUGCAGACCGUUUAUGCCGUAAAUGAAGAUGCAAUAACAGUCGACAUCAGGUGAACAAGAUCCAUUGAUUUAUUAAAAGAUUCAGUAGAGACUUUGACCAGGCAUUAAGUUUCGUUUUUACAACAUCAUAAAUCAAACUGUUUAUUUUUCAUUGAAUGGGAAUAAAGAAAGACCAAUUACAUUUAUUAAUAAAAAUGCCCUAAUUUAUUCGUCAACAUUCGCGUAUGGCUGUAAUUACUUAGUUCUUUAGAAGAGGUAACUGUUGUGAAUACCUUUCAAGGAAACAUGUAAAGGCAACUUUGGGACCCCCAAUGAUAUGAUAACAGCCAUCAUUCUCCCGGAGAAUGAUAGCUGUUAUCAUUACGACAGUAUUGAAUUCAGUGGUCAACAUAAUGUGGCAUUGCCGUUUCAGCCGUCAACACCAUUGAUGUGUGUGACAUGCGCAGUAAAUUACGAAAGGUCCAAACUAAAAAAAGAAAGAACUUGGAGAAAUGACUGGAGCUAAGCCAGUUGUCAGAAAUUCCUGAAGUAAUUUCAAUCAACCUCAUAUAUGCUUUACGUUAUCUGCAGAUGCAAAUAUAACUGCAAACUGAAGGUCGUAUCCAGCCAUCGAUUUGCCUUAAAAGCCAAAGCGAUUGGUCUUCCUCUCAAUCUUCCAAAAAUCAGCUACACUUGGAAAUUGUACAGAAAAGGACCGGAAAGCAAUGCCUCCAUCACAGUGUGGCACGUUAACAAAACCUUGAAUUCUCUUACGGCCACAAAGACAACAAAGAAGAACAUUGUUUUCGCUAAGGACAAACUCCAUGAAAGCUCAUCCUACCGGCUGACUUUAGAUGUAAAAUUACCAAAUGGGACAAGCGGUUGGGCCGCCUACAUAUUCGAAACAGCCUCCAAGCCCUCUGGUGGAGCAUGCAGCGGCACCCAACUGGAGAGAGCAGCUUUAGGGGUUAUUCUGAAUGUCUCGUGUACGGGUUGGAGAGAUGAUCAUGAACCACUCAUUUACGAGUUCUACUAUGUUCACAGGGAGGAAGACGAAACACCGCCCCACAUGCUAUCGCAUGGAGCUAUGCCAUAUAGUGAAGUUCAGUUGCCAGAGUUUAUUUCAGGUGAAACUGAAAUAAAGGCAGUCAUAAUAAACACCGUAGGAGCUCGAGCCGAGGUUGACUUCACAGUGAAAGUAAGCUCUCAUUAUAUCAUUAUCAUUACCAUAAUCAUCAUCAUCAUCAUCAUCAUCAUCAUCAUCAUCAUCAUCAUCAGCUAUAAGCAUUCAUAAAGGAUUGCUUAACAGGAUUUGACUGCAGCACUACAUGAUCCUUGGUUUAAGUUCAUUGUUAAAUAAAAAUUGAACCAAGGAUAAAAUUGUACCAAAAAAUCUACACUAGUUAUUGUGUUUCUUAAUUCUAAAAUUAAUCCUACGCCUUUGCGUAUAAAUAUCCAUGAUAUACACAUUGUAGAUACACUUCUCUCCACAUAAGGGGAUAGAAGGCCAUUUUGUAUUCUGGAUUCCAUGCCAUGGACUCCGGACUCCAGGUACUGGAUUCCGGAUUCUUGGCCAGUGGAACUUGGAUUCCAGAUUCCAAGGGUUGGGAUUCCUCAAGCUGUAUUCCGGAUUCCAUAGAACAGGAUUUCGGAUUCCACCAGCAAAAUUUCCCGGAUUCCGAAUUCCGUGAGGCGAUACACUCUCGUCAUUUUCUUAUUUUGCCUUGGAUAUUCGGCAUCCUACUACAUUGUGCACUGUAGAAAAUAGCUAAAUAGCUUGGUUUGGUUUCUAUUAUGCAGGUUGUGCAACCAUCAUUUUGGGAUGAAACGGACCAUGUAUAUAAAAUGUUUGAAGAGACAGAAGCUUUGUUUGACAACUACCUUGAUAAUGGAAAACCUUACAGAGCGUGGCAAGUGGUACAUUCCUUAUUGAAGUUUGUUGAAUUGUAUAUCGACGUGCCAGAAAUGGCAUGGUUGACAAAUGAUCAUGUUAAAAAUGUACGUUAUCGCCAGUAUUUGUACCUUUUGUUUCUAGUUCUUGUUAAAACACAGUGAAACUUUGUUAUUACGGGCACCAAAGCACACGAUAAUUUGAUCAUGUAAAAGAGAGUUAGCCAGAUAGGAAAUGGUGGUCGUAUACAGAGGCUGAACGUCUAAAAAGGGACUUUCCCAUGACCCUCCAUAGAGAAGAACAUAAAAAUUUAGUGCCAGUACCAACCGCGUUCAUCUUAGGGAGAGUUGCAACAGAUGGAGAGCAUCGAUAAGCCAGUUCGACAAGGUGCAUCUGAUAGUCCGGGUGGAUGCAGUCUUGAAUAACAGGGCUAUUGUUGACAGUGACUGACAUUUUUUAUGAGAGUCGUCCCAUUUGUAACCUUCAUGAGGCCAAUAACAUCACGGCUUAAUUGACAGGCAUUCACUAACACUACGACGUAUAUUAUUAACUGAUUAGCCAGGUCAUUAUGACGAACAAUCGUCCUAUUAAGGAAUACACUCGCCUGGAUGACUAUAUUCCUCCUUUGUGAUCCCUUCGUGGAAACAAUUUCUGAAUCGGCCACUGAAGUGUGAUCCCCGCUUUAUCGUAGAACCAGCCAUUCAGUGACUGUGGGGGGUCUGACCUUGACAACUGCGAACUCAACUUCGCACCCUUCUCUGCCGGUUUCGUUGAUCAACCAAUUUGUUUUGCUCAUGACCUUGUUAAUGCCCGUUGUUUUUCUAUAUACGCUUUGCAGCUCAAAGAACAUAUAAUACAAAGGUUAUUUGCCAUAAAAGCCACAAACCUGCAGACGGUUCUUCAGCUUUUGUCGGUUCUGAAGGAGGCCACUGCAUUUUCAGACGUAGGAGUUUCUCCAGAGAGCAUGGUAAUUUUCCUCUAACAAGUGCACUUUAAAAGUGUAGUCGGGUUUUGCUUUCUGAACGAAUGGCGAAAAGUGGGACCGGAGAGGUUAGACUGGUAUUCCAGGACUCUGGUUUAUCUUAUACGACACCAUUAAACCUUGCACUGCUAAGGGUGGCCAAAUAAAAAAAGUUACACAGAAUUUCAAAAUUUCAUUAUAUAGAAUGCUGAGGAACAAAUAAUGGCGUGUGAAAGUACUGCCGAAGAGGUUUUAUUUGAAUCGUCACACUACAGAAUUUUCCACACAAUCUCAAAAGUUAGAACUACAUACUGGAUGAAUAACACCAUAUGAAAGUAAUACUGAAGAGAUUUCAUUUGAAAGGUCACACCAUAGGAUUUCGUUCACAGACUCAAAAAGUUAGAACUAUAAACUACAUAGACAGCACCAUGUGAAAGUACUACUGGGAGGUUUCAUUGGAAUGGUGCAUCACGGAGUUUUGUUCACAGUCUUAAAAUUUGUUCAGUCGCACACCUUGCGAUGUUGAAACGCACAUUCCUUAUUUCCAUGAAUUCCCUUUUAAUUUCAGAGAACUGCAUUACGCUCUCUUGAUAAGUGGGCAUCUGUUGCGAAAACAAGAGUAAAAAUGGAGGCAGUAAAGGACCUGGGUCUCGUCAGGGACUCAUGGAGGAUGUUACUGCAUUGCUCAGGGAACAUUCUUCAAGCAACAACACAAGUAGACACGCUUAACGUUACUGAGAGGGAGGAGGUGAGACACCUCGAGAAAGUUUGAUGCAAUAAAUUUUGGACAUAACAUUUAAGAUAAGAUUGCAAAUAGACGACAAAGGCCUUCUUUUUGAAAAGGUUUUGAAAGGGUACAAACUACGUUAGGGUUGUUUUUUGAACUGUUACAAUUAACCUAAUUCAGACCGGGAUUUUUUUCCUUCCUGUGAAGCCCCCCUCUAUAACUUCAAAACCGCUCACGCCACGGCAAAAUUACACGGAACAAUGUACUCAUCAUUUUCACCUUGUGGGCACAACUUGAUUGACACAAUGAAGCAAUCUGACGUUAUCAUGACGUCAUAUCGUUGAAUUUUUAGUCAGAAUCCAAAUUUCCCCCAAAAUAGACAAAAAAAGAAAAACACUUAAAUAGUAAGGUGUCAAGAAGUUGGCUAACACAAAAAAUCUUUAACAAUAGCAGUGAUGUCACGAUGACGUCAUUUAUUACUAAAAAAGAAACUGGAAGCGUCCGCCAUCUUGGAACAACCAUUUUGAAUUAUUUUAUUGUGUUCUAUUUUACUUAAAACCCGUAUAAUAAAAUAAUUAUUACGAGAAAAAUUCAUCUACUUGGAAUUCCGAGAGAAAUGAACACUGUUGAAAAUUAAACUCAGCAUCUGCCAUUUGGACGUUUUAACUCAUGUUUUUUUUUUCUCAAAAUAGUCACUAAAAAAGCUGGACUUCAUUAACAGUUUCAAUAAAGUUGAUAAAAUAAUGCUACAAAUAUAUUAAAAACUUUUUUAAAAAACUGCAAAUUUUGUAAACAUGACAGCAAACGCUCAGUUGCCAUGGCAACGUCAAUGUUGACAUUCAUAUCACGACGACUUAAAUUGUUCCCAGAUAAUCUUUAGGAAAAAUCGGUAAGUUUGGUGCUCAUAGCCUGAACGGUUGUGAAGGUAUUCAACGUUUUCGUGAGUGGAAGAGGGGGAGGGAGGGGGGGGGGGGAGCGUUUGGGGUGCUCCAGGGUCUGAACAGGGUUAAAAGUAUUCAUACUUGACAGCGCCAAUAUAUCCGUUCACACAAUGGCCUAGUGUAUCCCAUAGAUGCUGAUUUAUCCUUCUAGGACAAGUUAUACCUGCAGACCUCUAAUUCGUUCACAUCACGAUUAGUUGUGACAAAUUAGGGGGCAAAUUAUCCUUCGUCCUAGUUGUUUCUCUGCUUUUUUAAAGAAAAAAAGCAUUGCCAAUGGAAUCAGUCGACGAAGGAUAUUUCGUCUCAUUGCUUUUCUUGCAGAUGAAAAACCUUUCGAGACGUGCUUUGAUGCUGAAUGAAAAGAUCUCUGACGCCGAAAUCUCGACCAAACUUCCAGGCGAGAAACACAGCUCUAUGAGAACACUCCAUAAAGAUGUAUUCGUUGGAGUUCACGACGCAACUGACGUUAGCCUUUGGGAUUUUGAGGAAGAUGAAACCAGCGUGACAUUCCCAUAUCUUAGCAAAAGCAUCAGCCAAGAAAUUUUUGGCAAUGCACAGCAGGUUUCUUUUCAAGUAAGGGUGCAUGUGCUAGUGGGUGGUUAUAUACUAAAAACAAAUUUAACACGCAGCAAAGAAAUUUCAUUGCAGGAGGCAGACUGGCAGAGCGGUUAGAGGCCCUGCGUCCGAGUCCCAUCCUGACCGCUAGCUGGACUUGUUCUCGGUACUCCCGAGUUCAAAUCCUCGACCACGCUGGUAAAUAGCUAACUCUGGUUUGCCUCCGGCCAGUUGAGAUUCUUAAACCCUUUAUGUAAAACAUAUUUCCUUGAUUGUCUGAGUGUGAAAGGGUUCUCUUAUGCUCAUUGCAGCGCUCACAAUUUGACAGAGACAGCUCAACUGAGAUGCAGCUCCUAUAAGCCUGUUGUCAGGACAAUUACCCCAUUUUUCUUUUUCGUUUUCUUUUAGAUUAUCAACUACAAAAUGAACCCCUACGCUGUGCACCGGUUUGACGAUGACAUCAAUUCUCAAGUGGUGAGCAUAGUAUUAAAGGACGAAGCCGGUAAAGUCAUUGAAGUCUCAAAUUUGCAUGAAAACAUCUCGCUGACUGUCCCAUUGAAAAAGCUUCCAAAUAAAACAACGACUCCUGUGGAAACCUACACAGUUCCAGAUGUUAUGAUGUACAGAAUGGUGACUACAGAUCAUGAAAGUACAUCUCUAAGAAUCUUGCUGACAAUACACAGGCAAGCGCUAAUGGAAGUUUAUGUCAAGUACGGCGGCAGGCCAACGGAGACGAAUUACGAUCAUGCUACAAUUGUGCAAAAAGAAACUUGCCAAAACGACCUACAGUUUUGUAAUGUGAGCCACUACUUCUGGUUUAAUGCUGAAAGACCGGGACAAUACUUCAUCGGUCUUGUUCAAAAGCUGGAAGAAGAGAGUCCCACCUCGCCGCUGAAUUCCAUUACGAACGGUGUACCAUUUAAGAACUUAAGAAGGAGGCGAGUUGCCAGAUCUCUCGAAAAAAUGAAAGACUCCUAUAAAAAUAAAUGUGUGAGGUUCAAGGAAGCGCCGAAAGAGCAUCCAAUGGUUGAAAACAGCACGGGUUCCUUGCCUCAAUACGAUCCUGAAAAGUCUGUUAACUUUACCUUGGAAGUAGACGCGGCAAGGUGUCUUUACUGGUCUGAAGACAAAGAACUGUGGAUGAGUGAAGGCUGUAAAGUAAGUAUGGUAGUUAGCGCAACGCCGACUUAGUUGUAGUAUUUCCCAAACCAGAGCGGAGGCCAUAAAACACUUUGUCUAUUACCAUAUGAGUUUAUUAUUAUUACUAUUUAUUGUUUUUAUUGUUGUUUUUUCCCCUUUCACCGAAAGCUUUUGCAGCCGUGACAUCAUUUCAGCUACCUUUGCUUGAUAAAAAAAUUACCAAAUAGAAAGCUCAGUAACCUCUCGUCCAAUACUGCCGCAUUGGUACGGACCGUUAGGAGCAGUCGAAGGAUCGUACGCUCCGUACGAACCGUCAGCAUUGCUGACAGUCAAUAUUCUGAUUACACACAAAGGCUGCAUAUCACUAUUACACCAGGGAACAGUGUGUUUGGCUCUUUUGAUCCGCAGGAUCUGUACGGAUCGUGCGGGCAUAUUGGACAACCCUCAGAAAACUUAAGUAAUUUAAUGCGGAGUAUGUUAUACUACAACGCCCAUCUGUGUGUCAUUAUCAGUAAAUUCGUUUCGUUCGUUUUCACACCAAAGACUACCCUUUUUAAAAUGUUUUACCAAAGGACUCUUCUAAAAAUCCCAGAUUACACUGUUUCGUAUACUUUUCAUUUUUUUUUCUUUAAUGCAACAGGCUGGCAAGAAUUCUACUCCAACUGUAAUACAAUGCCUUUGCACUCACUUCACUUCGUUUGGGGGCUCGUUCCUGGUGCAACCAAACAACAUGGACUUCUCUCAAGUUCAAGUGGGUUUUCGAACAAUUAACGAUCUUUACGAUGUCUUGGUCCUUGUGUCAGUACUGCUCGUAUUUCUUGUUUACUUGAUCUCAUUAAUCUUUGCAAGAAGAGCUGACAAAAGGGACUUAGAAAAGGUAAAUUUAGAAGAUAAUUGGAGAACGUAAUUUGAAAUGCGUUUUGUGAGGCCUAUACACAUCUUUGCUUUCAUUUAUCUUUAAAACAAGUUUGCAAACUUCAAUUACAAUGAGUUGCAAAAAAGAUUUAGGCACUUGAACUCUUAGCCAAAAAUGGUCUUCCGUCUAUACCAGACUUCGCAAGAUUCUUGCCCUCUUCCAAAGUUUAAAAGAUUCCAAGAUCUUAUGCAACACUUUCGGUGACACCUUUCAAGAAGAGAUUUCUUGUACUUGUAAGAAAUUUUUCUCUGCGGCGCUCAGAAAUGUGAAAACCGAAAGUCUUGCAAAAGUGUCUCAACUUUUCUUCAGCUGGUUGUAACCUAUAAAGCAAGGCCGAACUCCUUCAUUACCACAUUCGCAAGUAGUCCUGUGCCACCACUGUGCUACAAGGCCGGAGGUGCAGCAACCCCUUCAAGUUGUGUCUUCCUGAUCAAUACCCUUAUCUCACUAAUUAUUACUCAAUUUUCUUUUUAGAUAAGCGCAGUUAUAUCCAUGCCCUCAACCGAAGACGCUGCUCAUCGAUAUAGCGUCUCUGUAACUACCGGAGCGUGGGCAAACUCCGGGACUUCGGCAAAUGUUUCCAUGAUCUUGCAAGGCAUUGAAUCUUCCAGCGGCGUCAUUGAGUUAAAAACCGACCAACAAGAAAGCGAGAGUACUUUUCGUCGAGGUAACACUGACAACUUUUUUCUUGCUGUUGAUAAGCAGCUUGGACAUUUACAGAAAAUCCGUAUUGGCCAUGACAGUUCUGGAGAGUGCCCCUCUUGGUUUCUGAACAGCAUUUCCAUAACGGAAAUCGAAACAAACUCUAGAUGGAUUUUCCCCUGCUAUCGUUGGCUCGCCUUAGAGAAAGACGAUGGAAACACAACAUUAGAACUCUUUGCCCUGAACGCGAAAAAGGGUCGUGACUUCAAAAGCGAGUUUAACAAUGCUAGGCUAUGUGGCCUUGCAAACGACCACCUUUGGUUCUCUGUUGCUACUAAAGAGCCUAGAGAUACGUUUACUCGUGUGCAACGAGUGACUUGCUGUUGGUUUUUUCUGCUCUUGGGAAUGCUAACGUCUAUAAUGUUUUACAUUGGGGAUACUGAUACAACGCAAACUAUAAAUGUGGGUCCUUUAAGGAUGACUGAAAGAGAAUUUCAAGUUUCUGUUUUCAGUGCUUUAAUUUCCUUUCCUCCAAGCUUCCUUGUUGUGUUCAUGUUUAGCAAGAGUCGACGUUCAAGAACGCGUAUUACUAAUGGCACUGGCGCUGCUUAUGAAGGAAAUGAAAAGUUCGUGCUCCCCAAUUUCUUUGUCUACAUUGCUUGGUUUGUCUGUGUCGUCGGUUCAUUGCUAGCUGGGACUUUCAUCAUUCUCUAUUCGUUACAGAUGGAAGGAAAAACUUCAGCACGUUGGCUGUCUUCAGUCGUCUUGAGUACCAUUGAAGACGUUUUUGUUACCCAACCAGUGAAAAUUGUCAUUCUUUCUGUUCUUCUGGCUUUGCGACUCGCAAGUAGAGGAAAGCAAAGAGAGAACCAUGAAGAACCAAAUAAGGUCGAAUGUGGUGACUCCCAAGUACUGUUCACUAUGUCUGCGGACGAAGUAGAGCGUAAACGGAAAUACAGGGUUACCGAGAGAAAGACCAACAUAUUUAUGAGAGACAUUGCCUUUUCGUGUAUCUUCAUAACUCUCCUCGUGUUUGUAUGCUAUGGUGACAAAAAUGAGAACCGAUAUCGCAUGGCUAAAUCCACAAAGAAUGUUUUAGUUAAACUUGAUAAGGUAAGAGAAGCCGCUUCUUGAACAAUAUCAUCUUACUUAGGGGCCCAUACAAAUAACGCUCAAUUCAAUUAAGUUGGAUUGGAGCCUUUUUAUUAUGCGAGAGAUGAUUUGCCAAAUCAACCUUGCCUAGUUCCUGUACGGCGUUUUCCCAGGCCCUCUCGGUCAAUUCUCUUCGGUGACGUAUCCGAGACGGUUGGACCAUGUGACCCGAAAGGCUUUGGCUGCACGGAAUAAUGAGGCCUAGCGACUAGGCAACAAUCAACCUCUUCUCGAGGUAAUCUUAUGAUCCAUGAUGCUGACUAAAGAAUAAAAAUAGCAUCUCUAAGAAGCAAUCUCCUCGCCAGAGGUUGCGGUCCUUUUUGUCAGCACCAAGGCUCAUGCGAUUACCUCGAUAAUGGGUUGAUUGGUCUUCCUUUUCUUCCUUCCAUUUUCUUGCUGGGUGUGCCAAGACCAUGUGGCUGACGUAAAAGGCUGCUAAAAGUAAGAAACACAUUGCGUUCAUGUAUGCAUGAGUAUUCGCGCUUGAAGGGCUAGGGAAUAUGCCUAAGCGUCGUUUCAAUGACGUUUCCAAGUCUGCCUAGGCAGAUGGAUCCAUCCCCUUACCUCCAAGCAAGUGUUGAACAACUUAUUGCUGUUGCGUUGUAUUAAGAUAAAUGCUAUAAAAACCUUUCUUGCACAGAUGCAUGCAACUGCCACUCUUGUUUGCAUCUUAGAUUUCACGCAGUUCAUGUGUUCAUGCACUCACGGGUAUUUCCUACCACACAACGGUACCAAAACCACAAGCCUUGAGAGUAAAGAGAGAAGUAGGCAGUGAACUUGAGCUAUACUCAUUGGGACGAUUAAGAUGUGUACACCGGCAUAGUACCACUAAUUAACAAUGUUGAUAACUACUUGUGAGGUGUUAUGAAUUGAUGGAUGGUCUGCUAAAGUUCUAUUAAACCCAACCUCUUCUGUAGAUAAGGGACAAACGUCAAUUAUGGAAAUGGUUUGAAGAUGUGUUGAUUCCAGCAACCUUUGCAAGCGAGUGGUAUAAUGGACAGAAAGAAACAAUAACAGAGUAUACUGGAAACAAACGGUCUAUACUGAUCGGCAUGCCACGUUUGAGACAACUAAGAGUAUUAAAAGGUAGGUAAAAAUUGAUUCACUUAUCUUGACACUUAUCGGCAACAACAAGCAACCUUCCACCUUUGGGACGUAAAAUGGGGGAGGACGCAGCAGAUGCUUGUCGUCUCGCGUAGUGGAAGAAAUUGUCAGAAAACAGCCGACAUUUCGCGACGUCCCCUCCCCUUUCUCAUCGACCAUCAGAAGCACUACCCAGAUCUGGGUGGUGACACUUCAUCGGUGUGGAAUUUCUGCACUUUAAUACUACUUUUAAAUCAUUGUCAAUUAAUGAUAAUGACCCUGACAUUUUAACAGUCCCUGAUUUAAGCUAGUCUGAUUCCGAUUAACCAAGUAAAAAUGCUUGCUCAGAUCAUUACUUUCUUUUUAUGUAGAUUCCUGUGUUGUUCCUUACGAGUUUGCUGAUUCCAUUCCAUCCUGUUACGAUUUUUACGACGAGCGUAACGAAGACAAAAUGGGUUGGAACGAACUAUUGAAUAACUCCUUGUUAGACUUGACUAACAUUGCUUGCACAGAAAACUGGAAAUAUAGGACUGAAGAGGAGCUAGGUGCCCACCAAAGUCUAGGACAGCACGCUCUUUAUAGUGGUGGCGGUUACGUUGCGAAUUUAGGAUAUGAUAGCAAAACUGCCUCCGCGGUUCUACAAGAUCUGCAUUCCAACGGAUGGAUAGAUCGUCAAACGAGAGUUCUAAUAGUCGAGCUUUCUAUGUUCAACGUACCCUUUGAAUUAUUAGGGAAGGUGAUUAUAUAUUUUGAGAUGCUUCCAUCGGGCUUUUUAGGAGCAUCAACUGAUAUCCAGGUCAUGCCAUUAUUUAAAAAGAAUCCUGCAUCUGUCGGCGCCUAUCAAGUCGUUUUUCUUGUUUUUGCCUUUGUUCUUGGUUAUUAUCUGGUGAGUGAAUGCGUCAGGGUUUAUAAGCUUAAGUGGUCAUACCUCGCAUCAAUAUGGAACUGGCUUGAGAUGAUUCAAGUUAUAAGCGCAACACUAGUCAUGGCAUUUUUUAUCGUAAGAGAAAGAAAGAUACUAAGACUUCUGCGGAAAGUCAAGGCUAAUCCGUUCGCUUUCAUGAGUUUUGAUGAUGCGUUAUUCUGGUUCCAGAUUGAAGAGUACAUGAUCUGUAUCGCAGUUACCGUUGCGGCUCUCAGACUCUUAAGACUUUUGAAGGUCAUCAGGCAUAUCAUAGAACUGUUUCUCACGAUGAAGAAGUCAUUGAAACCGGUCAUGAGCUUUUGUGUAGUAUACGCCAUCUUGAUCUUCGCAUAUGGACACACAGGGAUCCUUUUGUUUGGCAAAAACGUGUUCAUGUUUUCAUCAUUCAAGCGAGUAAUAAUGUAUCUGUUCCACCUGAGUCUUGGACGUCCACCACCUUGGUCGGAGUUAGAGCAGGUGAAUGCCGUAUUUGCCAGGCUGUAUUCUCAGUCUUUUAUUUUUCUUUUUAUGAUAAUUGCAAGCAACAUGUUCAUGGCAAUUUUAGAUGAAGCCCAAACUGAAUCCAGAAGUAUCGCCAAGGACAGCGACGAUAUAGAAGUGGCUAAUUCAUUACUAUUAAAAGUUUAUAACUUUCUAGGCAUAGAAUGUGAGGAUUCUCCAUUUGAAAAGAGGAGAGCUGAAAUAUCGGGAAAAGGUCCUAAACGAGAAAUUUCAUGUGCCCCCAAAAACCUCUGUGAAAACGAAGCCAAACAAGCGGCAAUUCCACUGAAAAGUAAAUCUGAGAGACCAAAUCUACGCAUGUCCAAACUGGUUUCUCCAGCAAGAGAUUCUAGCAAUAUAGAUGAUUAUGGCAUACCAUCUGUUUCACAAGGCUUAACUUACGUAACAGGCAAUCUCUCAGAGGAAUUACAAGUACCACCAUUUGGACAUCACUCAGAAUCAAAUCCCCUGUGGGAAAAUGAGAGUCUCCAGGAAUCCGAAGUUCAAAAUGAGUUCCCAGGUACAUUUCGUUAUUCUGUGUACCCAUCUGGUUCUACAUUAUCACUACCCUCUUGGAGCUCGGGUCAAGAUCAAAGGACGUCGUCAGAACAUCUCCACAGUUCUCUACCACCGGACACAACUCAUAACAUAUCUACUAUUUCGUGCAAUUCAUUCAACGGGCAAGGGGAGACUCCAAAUGCCCGUCCAUCGUUCACUGUGUCACACAGGUCAAAGGCAUUGCCACCGUGUGACAUUUCAGGCGAUCGACGGAAUGAGCCAGAACCUCACUACAUCUCGGCUGCAGGCCGAAGCCAGGAACUUGCAGCUGCAUCGACUGUUUCAGUUCAAACAAAUGUCUCCAAUUCAAACAAAUUCAUGUAUUGUGAUCCAAUAGAAGGCGGAAGUGAUUUCCCCAACCUCAAGAGCAACACCGAUAGUACGGUGCACUUAGUUGGGGAGAAAAAUGUGAGACAUGUAAGAUUCGCUGCAGGGGAUACAUUUAAGUCUCAAGUCGACCACACCCAUACUCCUUCAAUCACAACUACCGUUGGUUCCAGGGAAACAUUUGAUCACAAUAACGUUCUAGCAAGUUGUACCGUAAAAUCAGACGGAACCAUUACUCUAACAUCCAAAAUUCGAGGAGCGAAAAUGGUCGAUUUCGACAAAGUCAGCGAAUGGAUGAAAAAGGCAAAUGCCAGUGUUAAUAACAACACUGCCUCAAUAGAGUGCCAGACAGAGUGUUCGCGCUCCGCAAAGCCGAAAAGCACGUUUGGCAACUCUGUAGUUAUUGACUUUGAUGAAGUAAGUAAAUGGAUGAAAGGGAUGUCCACUAUUACCACUGACGCUAUCCCCAGCGCUUUCACCUUGAGAAAAACGAUGAAAAUGAACAGGAAAAUAACGAAGUACUCAAGAAAAGAGAAAGAAAGUGAAAGAGUCGCAGUGACACUCAAAGACAGACUUAAGAAGCUUGACAGUUAUUUACAAGGUUUAGAUUUUGGGGAGUGA